AUGGGCGAGAAGAAAUCGCCUUAUAAAAAUUACCGGGUUUACCGCUCGUUGUACUAUGGGCUAGUGGUCCUUGCCUUCUUAGUGUGGGGGUCCGUUGUCCUUGUAUCUAGUGUUUCUUCUCUCAUGGGCCACAGAGCCCUGGCUCAAUAUGGUUUAUGUUCUCUUCGCUCGCUUAGCAGUCAAGAAGUUACUAGAAAGCAUGUGACGCUCGAGACGCUUCGUGACGGCACGUUCAAGCCUAAUUUCAAGGAGCUUCAGUGGAUCCAGAGCCCGGAGUCUGCCUCCAAUGACCAGGGCACUUACUUGCUCAAAGACAAAGUGGACAGCCGCACAACCUACCUGGUGAAAAGCAUUGUGGACGAGAACUUCCACUACAAGAUCUUGGAUGAUGCAAAGUUCACCUACCAUGGCGUGGACUACAUCGUGGAGUCCUUGAAAGCGUCGCCAGACUUGUCGAAAGCGAUCUUGAAGACAGAUGCCUCCAAAGGGUGGCGCCAUUCGUCGACAGCGCUCUACUGGAUUUUGGACGUGAAAACAGGCGAUAUUGCACCGUUGCUCAAUGCGCACGAUAAGCUCUCGGUGACAUCAUGGGCGCCCACGUCCGACUACAUUGCGUUUGUGUUCAAGAACGACGUCUAUGUGAAGAGCUUGGAGUUCAACACGAUUUCACGCGUCACGAAAGACGGCAGUGCCGAUAUCUUUAACGGGAAACCCGACUGGGUGUAUGAGGAAGAGGUGUUCGGCACGGACAUAGCAAUGUGGUGGUCCCCGCGGGGAGACAGGCUUUCUUUUUUGCGCUUUGACGAUACCCUGGUGCCGGAGUUUACAAUCCCCUACUAUGUGCAACCGGGCCACGACGAGUACCCGGAAGUGCGGUCGAUCAAGUACCCGAAACCCGGGUAUGCAAACCCAAGCGUGGACGUCAUUGUGGCGCAGCUCCCAAAGACCCUGGGAGGCGCGUUUUCCGUUCACGUGGCACGGCUCCCGUCGGAGAAAAUCUCUGACAAGGUGGUCACCGAGGUGCUCUGGGUGUCGGAGGAUUUUGUGAUGGUCAAGACGACCAACCGGGCCAGCGACAUCAUGGAGGUGUUCUUGGUGUCUGCCGAUGCAAGCACCGGGCCGAACACCCUGGAGCCCGGUGCCGCAGCGCAGCUUGUGCGGACUCAGCACGCUGAAAACUCGUGGUUUGAGGUCACGUCCAACGCCGUGUACGUGCCCAGAAACGACCUGUUGGGCAGGUACACGGACGGGUACAUCGACAUUGUCACGUCAAACGGGUACAACCACUUGGCGUACUUCACGCCGCCAAACAACCCCAAGCCGAUGAUGUUGACCGAGGGCCAGUGGGAGGUGAUCUCCAACCACGUGGAUCUCCUGAAGAACGAGGUCUACUUCGCGGCCACCAUCGACUCGUCGGUGGAGAGACACUUUUACUCGGUCAACUUGCUUGAUGUGUUCCACCAGCAGGGCUCUCCUGCAAUCAAGCGCAUAACCCUGGGCACGUCCUGGUACAGCGGCUCGUUCUCGCUGGGCUCGCGCUUCGUGCUUUUGAACUACCAAGGCCCGGGCGUGCCGCACCAGAGCUUGGUGGAUUUGCACGACGGCAAGACCGUCAAAGUGAUUGAGGAAAACGCAGAUUUGCGCAACACGCUCGAGGAGUUUGACUUGCCCAGGCAGGUGGUGGGCACAAUCAACCUUGGCCGCGACGAGGCCACGGGGGGCGACGUCGUCGCCAACACGGUGGAGAUUUUUCCCCCCUCCUUCAACGAGAGCAGAAAGUACCCUGUGUUGUUUUACGUGUAUGGCGGGCCCGGGUCGCAGAUGGUGACCCAGGAGUUUGCCGUGGGCUUCAGCCAUGUGGUGGCGUCCCAGCUCAAUGCCAUAGUGGUGACCGUUGACGGGCGAGGCACGGGCUUCAACAACCGGGACGCCAAGUUGGGCUCUGCGUUCAAGUUCUGCGUGCGGGACCGCUUGGGCCAUUUCGAGCCGUUGGACCAGAUCGAGGCCGCCAGGCAGUGGGCACGGCGCGCGUAUGUGGACGAGACGAGAAUGUCCAUCUGGGGCUGGUCGUACGGUGGGUUUUUGACGCUCAAGACCUUGGAGACCGACACGGACAACGUGUUCUCGUACGGCGUGGCAGUGGCGCCGGUCACCAAGUGGAAGCUCUAUGACUCCAUCUACACGGAACGGUACUUGCGGACGCCGCAGGAAAACGCCGUGGGGUACGAGACUGCCAGCAUCGCGGAUGUGCCGCAGUUCAGCAGCGUCAAGCGGUUCUUGAUCAUGCAUGGGCUGGGCGACGACAACGUGCACUUCCAGAACAGCUUGCGUCUCUUGGACGACUACAACUUGGCGGGCGUGGAGAACUACGACUUCAUGGUGUUUCCCGACUCGGACCACUCGAUCCGCUACCACAACGGCAACACUGUGGUGUUUGACCGGAUCUUCGACUGGCUCCGGCGCGCUUUCAACAAUGAGUUUGAGGCUGUGGUCUACCCCGAUCACAGCGAGCUCUAG